AUGGCGACAGAAGGGGAUUUAUUAAAAGAUAUUAAUACAUGGCCAGUCCUAAAUCCCUUCCAUUGGGGGUUUAAUGGUACCGUUAACCAUCGUAUUGGUGCUAAGGGGACUGUAGAAUUACAUUUAAAUAAGAAGAAUCUGGCACAAAAUGAUUUGAAUUCACAGGAUACAGUUACUUUGGACCAGUUUGUCAAGGAAUAUAUUCCUGGUUUAAAAGAUGGUGCUAAGUUUCAAUUGGAUAAGAAGUUGUUUACCGGUAUUUUACAGACUAUGUAUCUUGGAAGUGGUGAUUUCAGUAAGAAAUUUCCUGUGUUUUACGGUAGAGAAAUUGUGCACUUUUCUGACAAUGGUGUCUGUACAGCUGAUUGGGUUAUGAAUGGGCCAUGGAGACAAAAAUAUCAUUUUGAUCCAUUGACAGGUGAGUUCAACAAACAUUUAUUCAAUGAAGAUGAAGAAGCCACUCAUCCAGAGAAUUGGCCACGCUUACAACCAAGAACUAGAUACUUAAGUGAUGAAGAAUUGAAGGAUCUUCAUAGUGAAGAAAACAUUGAACGUCCGUUAAUUGUUAUAUUACAUGGUCUAGCAGGCGGUUCACACGAACCUAUUAUUAGAUCUUUAACGAAUCAUUUGUCUAAAGUCGGUAACGGUAAAUUUCAAGUGGUGGUCCUAAACUCAAGAGGUUGUGCACGGUCCAAGAUUACCACACCUUGCUUGUUCACUGCAUACCAUUAUUUGGAUGUCAAAGAGUUUUUGGAACGUGAAAGAGCAAGAAAUCCAAAGAGAAAAAUGUAUGCGAUUGGGUGUUCCUUUGGUGCUACUAUGUUGGCUAAUUACCUAGGAUUUGUUGGAGAGAAGACCCCGUUAAGUGCGGCAGCUACUUUUUGUAACCCGUGGGAUAUGGUUCUUGCAUCAUACAAGAUAAAUAAAGAUUUUUGGUCACAACACAUUUUCAGUCAAACUGUGACUCAAUUCUUAGUUAGAAUGGUUAAAGUGAACAUGAAGGAGUUAGAAGUACCUGAGGGAACUAAACCCACACAUAUUCCAACACCGGAGAAUCCAUUGUUCCAUGGAUUCACACAGUCCAAUUUGAAGAAGGCAUAUAAGAUGAAAUCUUUAUCUGAGUUCGACACAAUGUUUACUGCACCAGCGUUAGGUUUUAAAGAUGCUAUGGAUUAUUACCAACAUGCUAGUUCUGUAAAUAGAUUGAAUAAGAUAAGUAUUCCACUGUUGUCUGUUAAUUCCAGUGAUGAUCCAGUUGUAGGUGCGGAUCACAUUCCAAUGCAUUAUUUAGAUGAAAAUCCAAAUGUUUUGGUGUGUGAGACAGACUUAGGUGGUCAUUUAGCAUAUUUGCAAAGUGACGGUGAUUCUUGGGCUACCAGGCAAAUUAGUAAUUUCUUUGAUAAGUUUGAUGAGUAUGUCAUGUAA